AUGGCUGAGGAGGGGCAUGUUGAGGCUGUGCCGAUCGCAGCGGAGCAGAACGGAUGCACAAAGGCAGCAGUGCAGGGGUUCGUGUCCUUCAAGCCACAGUUAGCAGUACCGGCGCAGAAGGCAGAAGAGGCGGUGCUGUUCUACAAAGAGGCUUUUGGAGCCGAGGAGGUGAAUAAGGUGUGCUGCCCUAAGCGGAAGGCAGAUCAGGAGCUCCCCUCGCUCAUCUGUGCCGAGAUCAAGAUCGGUUCUGCGUCAGUGCUUGUGUGCGACCGGAACGACGACACCGACGGGUGAGUCGUCGGAGUGCUCUUACCUUCCGACCUUCACCGCGUAUUUUUGUAUGUUCCUGACGGAUCUACUAUUUUUCUGUUUCAAAAUGACGGAAGUCGUCUUCCGUAGACUUCUUCAUCCACUUAAAUAUUGUCAGGCGCCAUAUCUCCGCAACAGCUGACAUACGUUGCAUAAUGCAUUCUAUAUGUAUUUUCCAUCACGUACGGAGAGUCUGCGUCGCUUCCGACAGAUUUCAACACAUCUUACUUCCGACAAUGAUUUUUUAUUUCAGUGACUUAGUUAGAGAUCAAACUCGUGGAAACAUUUUUAAUGAUAUUGCCUUAUUUGCCCUCAUCAUUCGGCUCAGCAAAUUGGUUAUUCAGGUUAUGUUCAGGUUGUUAUUUAUCUUGAAAACUGGUUAUUCAGCUGAUCUACGCAGGCUUCUUUCUUGGAGCUUUUUCUGAUAAAUAAAUGUUUAUAUGUUUAGUUUUAUUUAAUUUUUUUAUUUUGCUCUUUUGAAAGAAUCUUCUCUUUGACUGCCUUGUCCUUUGGUUUUUCAACCAAUCACUUUAUGCUCCUUCCCCUGUAAUAUUGGUCGCUAUUAUCCUUGAGAUGUUUUGACACGUUUGAUGUGGCCUAUUAUCCUACCUGCUCUCUCUCUCUCUCUCUCGCUCUCCUUCUGUCUCUAUCUCAUCGAAUCGUAUUCUUGAUGUCUAACAUUUACAGUCAGAUGGUGUAAGGUUAUUUUAUGAUUUGAUCUGAAACUUAUCCUCUGAUACUUACCCCCUAUCUCGCUCUCUCUCUCUCACGUAUUAUGUUAUCGACAUCAUUCAUCUACAGUCAGAUUGCGUAUGAUUAUUUUGUGAUAGAUGGGAAACUAAUCCUCCAAUACUUUUCUUUCCAUAGCUUGAAGACGGCCGGUGGGGGAGCAGUCUUUCGACUGGAGACACAGGACGUUAAGGCGGCCGUGUCUAAGGCCGUGAAGGCUGGUGCUGUCCUGGAAGGAGAACUGACUGAGAUCGAUGGUCCCAAUGGCGGGAUCAGCGGAAAGGUCACUGAUCCAUACGGAUACGUCUGGAUAGUCGCUUCCGUGGGGAAUGCCUGUGUCACUGACGCUUAA